AUGGUGCGCGGUCCCUUUAAGAGAUCCAAAACAGUAGUCAGUAACUACUUCCUGUAGGCUAAUGAUAACAUUAGCCUACAGGAGAAGUAGUUAAAUGGUUUUAAAAUGUCAGUGUUGUAGACAUGAAGGGAUAGUGUCAUUUUGUAGUCUGAAGUGUUUCUCGGUAACGUUAUGGCGGGAAGAAAAAGAAAGCUGCUAGCAUUAGCAGCAGGAGCAGCGCCCGAAAAAGCAGCAAAUAAAAAUAAACACGGUGUUUUUGAUCUGAUGGAGUCACCUGCUGAGCUGAAGAAGCCCGCUGACUGUGAAAGUCAUUAUUUCACCAAGAAGGACAGACUGGGAGAGGAUUUCUUCCAACAACCUUGCCUCAGUUUGUCGAAAGCAUUCCUCGGCAAGAUCUUGGUCCGCAGGUGUGCGGAUGGCACUGAGCUGCGAGGAAGAAUAGUGGAAACGGAAGCUUACCUUGGGGGGGAGGACAAAGCCUCACACUCAGCAGGAGGCAAACGCACUGAGAGGAACACAGCCAUGUUUAUGCAGCCUGGCACAAUUUAUGUCUAUCCGAUCUAUGGCAUCUACUUCUGUAUGAACGUGUCUAGUGAAGGGGAGGGUGCUGCCGUGCUGCUACGCUCCCUUGAACCUCUGCAGGGUCAGCCCAUCAUGAGGCAGCUGAGGGCAGCCAGACGCAAAGAGGGAUCCCGCCAACUGAAGGACAAAGAGCUCUGCAACGGACCUUCAAAGCUGUGCCAGGCUCUAGACAUACCCCGCUGUUUUGACCGCCGAGACCUAGCCACAGACCCUGAGGUGUGGCUAGAAAGAGACCCCAGUACAAAUCCAACAGACCCCAAUGAUAUAGUAUCAGCACCACGCAUUGGAAUUGAGUCCCAUGGGGAAUGGGCCAGGAAGCCAUGGCGGUUUUAUCUUCGUGGGCACCCCUGUGUUAGCGUAGUGAAUAAAGAGGCAGAAAAACAGUCUCUGCCUGGAAACGUAAAGAACGAUUUAGGUCCCUCUGACGUGCAGUCUGACACAGGACAGCACAACGUCAAAAGGACUUAACAGGAAUAUUCCUGAAACUACUCUACCAUCUGUUCACUUUGUGGACUUAUUUUUAUACAGCCAUUUACGGCUGUAUAAAAUCUUAGACUUUUUGUUUGCUUGCCAAAGUUUACACUACUUCUUGUGUGUAUGGUUAAUUAAUAUUUUUGAAAUAAUUCAAGUAUAUAUUUUUAUAAUGUGUCAACAUGGUAGAGUAACCUCCAUUACUGUGUCAAAGUCUAAAUUCUAAUCUGUAUAAAUUGUACAAAAUGUUCCUCAUCCAUCUUAUAAGGUGCUACUCAUGUUAACAGUGUGCUUAAAACGUGCUUAUAAUACUGAUGCAAAGUUGUGCUAAAUAAGAUUAGAACUUAAGUCAACUAGAGUAAGACUCAAUUUAUCAGCCCAUAUUAUAAUAUCUGUUCUGAAAUGCAUCUUUUCUCACUCAUGAGUCUUUUGUUUCAUCUGGUUUUAAUGCAGAUUUAUACUCGAAAUUCUCUCCUCAGUGAUUUCACAGAUGUUUGGAACGCUCUGCUUCCCUCAAAGCAAAAACAGCCCGUCUGAUGUUUAGAGUCUUCCUUUUCUUGCCGUCUUUUUCUCCCCACCUCUGGGAUUCCUGGAGAGGUAGCUGGAGGUCUGGAAUGAUCAUUACA